AUGGCGUGCUUUCAAAAAGAAGUGCGGCACUGUACGGACGCUAGCUCUAAGCCAAGAAACGACCCUAGCCAGCAUUGGCUUUACCCCAGGUUUAGGGAAGCUGUAGAAUAUUUUAUUGGUUUUAAUUAUGUACGUGUAUACUCAAGUAACGAAUAUUGCUUAGACUAUAUGUGUAAGCAUAUGCUUGAGAUUAGAUCAGGCAUGUUCUCUACGGGCAUGUUGGUUCCCUGUAAUCGUCAACCACAAGGUAAUUCUGAGUCACACAGUGGUGUAACUAAGUCUUCAUCCAAUGAAAUUACUGAUUUGUGGAGGACUGUAGGGACUUAUGGCGCUAUUGUCCCUAUUGACCACCUGUAG